UUUCCGUGAAUCGUUGACAGCACUGGGUUGCCUCGUUCUCUUCGCCUGUGUCCCUGCUUACACGCCUAGCUUCUUUCAUGAUGAACACUUACCAACUGGCCCAACUUUCGGUCAUUUUCGGCAUGGGACCUUCUACGCAUUUUUAAGCCGUAGUCAGUGCUACCCAGACAUUGGAGAGUGGUAUAUGAUGUACCGGAAUUUCUACGUCGACAACACAUUCGGUGGUUCCGCAAAAUGCGUCAAGUACAGCGGUGCGGGGAAAUACAGUGAUUACAGCAUGCCGGCAUUAAUCUCGUACCACCCAGACAAAUCAGUGUCACACCACCUAACACUGGGUUCCUUAGCCUGCUAUAAAGCCAGAAAUAUCAAGGUCUUGACUCCCAACACCAUUGGCAACGGUACCUCGGGCAACAGCAGUUCUAUGGAGAAUAAUCUUGCUCCGCAAAUGUUUCAUGUCAUCUAUACUGACUGUAAAAUGUGCCUCGUCCUGCGACAUCGCUAUGCAAGCAAUGGAGCUGGCUGUUCAUUCUGGCGGCGCGCUGAUUCACUUAAAAAGUGCACUGACUGUUGCGAGUUCAUUUACGACGAGAUUUGCGGCUCCUUCCCGAAGUACAAGGUCUACGACCCGAAAAGAUGCGCACGGUUGGAUGCGGCGCUUCCAAAGUAAAUGCGCAACGCACAGUGGUGCACGUAAGGCAGCACAUCUAAAGCUUCACCUGCACUGUGAAAAGAAAUUGAGUAAGAAAAUAAAG